GCGCGCGGGCGGGGCGCCGGGUUGCCCGGGCAACGGAGGGGGCGUCCGUUGGCGGGCGGUUGUUGAUCGAGGCGCCGGCAGCCCGGCCGCCCCGCCGCCCGCACUCCGCCGGGGGCGCACGGCAGGCGCGGCAGCAUGUUCUCGGGCUCCAGGACCUCGUCGCCCGGCUCGGCCACCGCCAGCUCGGCGUGCCAGGAGCGGCAGACGGAGAUGGCGGCGUGCGAGGCGAGCGACAAGGAGCUGCAGGACGGCAUGCAGGAGGGCAAGGACCAGAUCAAGGAGCUGAACGAGCGCUUCGCCAAGUACAUCAACAACACGGUGCUGAACCUGCAGCGCAAGAACAAGGAGCUGCUGGCCGAGCUGAAGAAACUGGAGAAGGAGGAGUUCAACGCGGCCGAGAAGGCCUACCAGAAGGACUACCAGGACUUCCAGGCGCGGGUGGACGAGAUGCAGAACGAGCUGGUGCUGCUGAAGCUGGAGAAGGACAAGCUGAAGGCGCGGCUGGAGAAGGAGUGCCAGCUCAAGCGCGAGUUCGACCGCGACUUCCAGGAGCUGAAGAAGAAGUACGAGGACUCGGGCAGCGGCCUGGACAAGCUGCAGUGCCAGUUCAAGCUGCUGGAGGCGCAGCUGGCGCAGCUGAAGCUGGUGCGGGACCAGGAGCGCAUCUACUGGCAGCAGAAGCUGGACAACCUGCAAAACGUGGAGCCGGCGGAGAGCACGGCGCUGGACCUGGAGCAGGCGCUGCGCAACAUGCGACAGGAGUACGAGCAGAUGGCCCGGCGCAACAAGGAGGAGCUGGCCCGCUACCGCCACAAGUUCGAGGAGAACAGCGUGCCGCUGCAGAAGAUCAAGAAGGAAACCGAGUGCUACCGCAACGCCGUGACCGACCUGCGGCUGCGGGACGAGAUGCACAAGAACCACCUGCAGGAGAAGGAGCGGGAGAUCGGCCGGAUCCGGGAGUACAACAAGGCGCUGGAGAAGAAGAUCGAGGCGCACACGGCCGACUUCCAGGCCCUGCUCGGGGUGAAGAACGCGCUGGAGCAGGAGCUGUCCGGCUACAAGAGUCUGCUCAACCAGGUGGAGAAGAAGUCCAGGGACUACUCCAACCCGGCCUGUAUAACCGGCCCGCCUGCCAAAGCAGCCGAAGAGCUCAACAAGAUGUGGUGUUAGUGCACUCACACGUUGCACUCGUGUACCCCUGGGUUACUUUGAUCUUGAUACAUAUUUAAAAGACCAUCUGAUUAGCUGACAGUAAUCCGUGUAUUCUUUAGUGUUUUUACGCACAGCAGUUUUUUUCUGCUGAUUAUCUUUGGAAAUGCAUUGUAACCUCUGCAUUUAAUUACCUGGUUUUAGUAACGAAACAUUGUGAUGCCCCGUUUAAGAUCUUACAAUGUCAGCUUGUGGGAGCAUGUCAGGAGAACAGACUUGCUUUUAUUUAAAAUAGCCCAGCUAUAGCCAUGCAUCAGUCUGGAUGGACGAACUUUUGGUGUCAGCAAAUACAGCAUUUCAAUAACAUUCUUGAUUGUAUUUUGGCAUGAGUAGAGUGUUUUCGUAGUUUGUAAUAGUUUGCAAACACUUAUUGAUAUUAUUUUAGGCUUUCAUUCAAACAAGUGCGGAAAAAAGUUGAUCAUUAAAAAUGUGUAACAGAUGUUAACUUUAGUCCUACUAUUCUCCUCA